AGCGCAGCCGCUCCGUGCGGAAGUUUGGGGCGGAGCCGCGGCGGGUCCGGCGGCCGGAGCUGCAACAUGGAGUCUGGUUCUAGUGAGGAACGGGAGUGCUUGUUACCGAACCUGAAGCCACGGCACAGGGAGCUUGUACCAACGCCAUGCGGUCCAAUCAAGCAAUGUUCAGAACUCUCCUGGUCAGAGAAGAUCUACAUCUUUGUGGCAAUCCUGUCUCUGCUGACCGUGUUAGGUGCCAAUGUUGCAAGUAUCGUACGUGAGAACGAAACUGAAAGGACUCAUACAAAGCAGGAGGAUGUUGCCAUCUCAGUGAUACAGCUCAUUGGCGUAGUCUUCUGCAUUUACUAUGUGUUACGUGGGGUGCUGCAGGAGAACCGGCAGGAGCUGCUGGCCUUUAUUCUGUCCAUUUUGUUGGUUUUGGUCCGUUCUAUGGUAAACUUCAUUGUGGCUGGACCAGAGGAAAAGAAAUCUGUUGAGAUCCGGUUUGGGUGCAGUGUGGCAUUCGGGGUGUUUCUGAUGGCAGUGACUGUUGGCUACCUGAUCAAGAGCCCCAGCCUCAUGGCCUUCCGAGUUGGUGGUGCCCUGGAGAGCACACAGUCCCAGUACCUCACCCUGACCCUCUGCUUCUCUCUGGUGACCUUCGAUCUUCAAGCUCAGCUCUGCCUGUAUAUUCUUCUGACCGCAGCAGGUUCUCAGCUCUCCCUGCAGAACACCAUCAUCCUGGCAGUGGGCAUCUUCUGGGCACUCUUCAAAGCUGCUCUCGGACUUGGAGCUAUCCUCAAGGAAAAGAAGCCUCUAGUGUGGAUAUUCCUAGUGCAGAAUGUGCCUGAGCUGGCUUAUCUGGGGUACCUGAUCUACCUGAUCAGCACAGUGUGGAUACACAGAGGAACCUACGUUCUAAAAGCCGGCACAAUAACUGGCAUCGUGAUCUCCGUUGGCAUCAAGGUUGGCCUGUUGUGGUCGAUGGUCAAGGUCUCCUACUGCUUCGGCGAGGGUCUCCAUGAAAGAAUGUUUGCUUCGGUCAGUCCACAACCUUAGACUGAGACAUCUCCAAAGGCUGCGACCUCUCCAAUAUUUUGUGAAAUGGAUCAGAUCUGCAGCAGUGCUUGGAUGUAGACAGCUGCAGACUGUGGACCCAGUGCUGGACGGUGGGAUUCAACUGGAGAGCUCUUCACUGACCAACGUGGACACUGAUGGUCACCUGUGGUGUUUCGUUUCCAGGACUCUGGUCAGUGGGAGAUGGAGCAGCUAUGUAAAUGUUGGUUUUAUGCGAUGAUCACUCUGACGUGAUGAGCACCAUCUAUUUUUAUAUUGUCAUAUUUCUACAAUAAUCUUUGGGAAUGAAACUUUUUAACUGGUUAGUCAAGAUAACCGAGUUACUGCGGAAUAUAUGUAUUUUAUUAACUAGUUAGUAGAUAUUUUUCAGGCUUUGAUACCACCUGUGCUGCACAAUGCAAUGGAACCUCCAGGGUUGUCAAAUUCUCUCUGAUCUUUGAUGGAAUAAAUCAGGUGCUGCACCUGUAUGUGAGGGAACAGGGUUAACAUUUCAGCUCACUAACCCAACUUAAUCAGUGGAAUAGAAACAAAUUGUAUGAAAUAAAUGAUAUGCCAAAUUUA